AUGAAUAAUUCGGAAUCGCAGGAGAUUGUGCCAAGUGCUCAAAAUGAUCUAGCUGUUAAAAUUUUGAAAGACAAAUCGUUCAAUGUUUUGGAAGGGCACAUUUCAGAUGAAUGCUUGAAAGCAAUUAAAGGGAUGGGAUUUAAAGAGAUGACUCCCAUCCAGGCUCAAUGCAUACCUUCCCUUCUUGAGGGCAGGGAUUUGAUGGGUGCUGCAAAGACUGGCAGUGGAAAAACGUUGGCUUUUCUUAUUCCAGUUGUUGAACUUAUCCACAACCUUGCUUUCAAGACUAGAAAUGGUACAGGUGCAAUAAUUAUUUCCCCAACAAGAGAACUGUCCAUGCAGACGUAUGGAGUUUUGAAGGAGCUUCUCCAGUUCCACAAGCACACAUUUGGACUGGUGAUGGGGGGUGCCAACAGGCAGCAAGAAGCCAAAAAAUUGGGAAAAGGUGUCAACAUACUUGUAGCCACGCCAGGAAGACUCUUGGACCAUCUGCAAAACACCUCAGAUUUUGUGUACAAGAACCUUCAAAUACUUGUCAUUGAUGAGGCUGACAGAAUUUUGCAGGAUGGAUUUGAGGAGGAUAUGAAGCAGAUCAUAAGAAUCUUACCAAAAAAUCGCCAGACUAUGAUGUUCUCAGCUACCCAGACUAAAAAUAUAGAAGAUUUGUCUAAAAUAUCUCUAAAGAAAGAGCCCAUGUAUGUAGGUGUGGAUGACCAGAAAGUUGCAGCCACAGUUGAAGGAUUGAAACAGGGUUACAUCAUCUGCCCACCUGAAAAACGGUUUUUAGUCUUGUACACAUUCAUGAAAAAAAUCAAAGACAAAAAGAUCAUGAUAUUUUUUAGUACCUGCAAUGCCGUUAAAUAUUUCAAUGAUCUCCUGAACUACAUUGAUUUGCCAGUUAUGUGCAUACAUGGAAAACAAAAGCAAGCCACAAGGACGCAAACUUUUUUUCAAUUCUGUAAAAGCAAAAAAUCCAUAUUGUUGUGUACGGAUGUGGCUGCUAGGGGAUUGGACAUUCCAGAGGUUGACUGGAUUGUUCAGUUCGACCCUCCAGAUGAUCCUAACGAAUAUAUACAUAGGGUCGGGAGGACAGCCAGAGGUAUGGGUGCAUCUGGAAAUGCAAUGUUGAUUUUAAUGCCAGAUGAAAUAGGCUUCUUGCAGUUUUUGAAAAAGGCAAAAAUUCCACUGAAUGAAUACGAGAUGAAUUGGAAAAAAGUCUAUAAUAUUCAGUCCCAGCUGGAACAGCUUGUGUCACGAAAUUACUAUCUAAACAAAGUGGCAAAAGAAGGAUAUAAAUCUUACAUUCGGUCAUAUGCAGCACAUUCACAGAAAGCAAUAUUUGAUGUUCAUAAUUUAGACUUGCAAAAAGUUGCAUUGUCGUUUGGAUUUUCUACACCGCCUUUUGUCGACCUAAAUGUAGGUGCACUGUCCAACGCGAAAAAGCGUAAAAAGUUUAGUUCACAAGAUGGUAAAUUUAAGAAAAGGAAACUGGAGAGCUAA